CGGCCGAUCCCACCGAACCCUGUUGUGAAAUUCUAGAGCAAUUGUCCCAAAAUGCCCGGCUCUCUGUCUCUGUUCUCCGUCAAUGCCGUCAUUCUCAUGUCGGCCGACGAUAGCUCUCGCAUCUUCGCCAAGUACUACUCGCCGCCUCACCCCCCGGCCGGUGCUGCUCCCAACUCGACCGAUUACCCCGGCGCAAACCCCUACCCGACGGUGAAGGAGCAGAAGGCCUUUGAGCAGGGUCUGCUGGAGAAGACGAACAAGUCGACGAGCGAUGUCAUCCUGUACGACAACCGGAUCGUCGUGUUCAAGAUGGAGAGCGACGUGAUGCUCUACGUGGUCGGAGGCGCCGACGAGAACGAAGUCCUGCUCUACAACGUGGUCCUGUCCCUGAGGGAUGCUCUGGGAAUCUUGUUCAAGGGUGCCACCGACAAGCGCACAAUUGUCGAGAACUACGACCUGGUCGCCCUCGCAAUCGACGAGAUCAUCGACGACGGUAUCAUCUUGGAAACCGACCCUGUCCUGAUCGCCUCCCGUGUGAGCCGGCCUCCUGCGCCCGAUGCGCCCAACCUCAAGAGCAUCGACCUCUCGGAACAAGGUCUCCUCAAUGCCUGGGAACUGGGCAAGCGGCGUUUGGCCGAGGGAUUGCGGCAGAUGUAAAAGUCGGCGUGGAGGAGGAGAUAUGUGGUCUUGCAUUGGCAUGGCUGUACAUGUGUUUUGUUUCUGUUUUCUCAUUUUAUUCGUAUCUGGCUGGUCCCGGCGUGGUUUCUGCAUGUUGCUUAUCCUAUUUCACGAUGUCUGUUUUCUUGGUAUUUCCUCCCAAUUGCCUUCUUCCAGGGACCUGAGGAUUCUAUUCCAUAGAGAUACUCCUUUUAUGUUUCACGACAGAGGACACUGGGGCUGAACAAAGGGGGUUUAGACAAGACCCAAUCGAUCCACGCCAAUCACGAGCGUGGAAGCCUAAUUUCAAUCUC